GCUAUCAAGUCUGACAACUGGAAGGAAUUGGACUGACUCUGAUGGAAUGGGCAGGGCUGAUUCUGGAAUGGGCGGGGCUGACUCUGGUGCAGCUCCACCUUCUGGUGCAGCUCCGCCUUUGUGGUUCUGCAGCGAGCACCACUUGGUUGUGGCCGCUGUUUCCGUCCUCCCCCCCCUUUGUUCCGUUGCUUCCAGCCGGGCGCGCGGGCCGAGGCCUCCGCUGUCUCCCGGAGGAGAACAUGGAGCUCGGGCCGAUCCUCCCCGCUCUCCUCCUGCUCCUCUCUGCCGCCUGCCUGCAGUCGGUGACCGGAGCGUUUUCCCGGAGAGGACCGAAGGUCACGGAGAAGGUGUUUUUUGACAUCACAGUGGAGGGUCACGAGGUGGGUCGGAUCGUCAUCGGAUUGUUUGGUGACGUUGUUCCUCUGACUGUUAACAACUUUGUCGCCUUGGCAACUGGAGAGAAGGGUUACGGCUACAAAGGAACCAAGUUCCACAGAGUCAUCAAGGACUUCAUGAUCCAGGGAGGAGAUUUCACCGCUGGAGACGGAACCGGAGGUCACAGUAUUUAUGGAACCACGUUUGCAGAUGAAAACUUCCAACUGAAACAUCUCGGAGCCGGCUGGGUGAGCAUGGCCAACGCCGGUCCAGACACCAACGGGUCUCAGUUUUUCAUCCUGGCCACCAAAGCGCCAUGGCUAGAUGGGAAGCAUGUGGUCUUUGGGAAAAUUCUGGAUGGGAUGUCUGUAGUCCACACCAUCGAGCUCCAGGAUACGAAUGACAGGAACCUGCCCUACACCGAGUGUGUGGUCGUUAACAGCGGCCGGAUUCCCGUUAAAGAGCCAUUUGUGGUGGAGGUGGAAGGCUGGUAAACGUACUUUUAUGAUUAAUGAUUACAGAAAGAACUAAACGGGUGACCAGUCCACAGUUUAGUGCCAAAUCACAUUUGGUAAAUUUAUCCAUUUAGCAUCUUAACGUGCUAAUGGUAGCACUUAGCACUGUGAAAUUGUUUGUUUUAAUUUUAGAUAAACUUUUAUCUAAUUUGUCAUAUGAAAUAAAAAAAUGUAAUUAUGGUAAAGCAGCACUUUAUGCUGAGCUAAGCAAGCUCACACGCUAACUACGGUAGCCCACUAGCUAAUGCUGCUAUGCUUACUGCUUCAUAGGUUACUUUUAGGGUCUAAUUAUUACUAAACAGGUCAUUUAAGUUGAUAAUGUUUAUGCUAACAUGUCAAAUCCAGGUUAUAACGCACACUCUAGCAGUGAAGUGGUUUAGCUAAGCUAAUAUGAUGCUAACAUUAUUUCUGAUUAUUUUAUGGUAGGGUGACCAAACGUCCUCUUUUCCCCUAUGGGCUGCCAUUUGUAAAGUCAAACUGUCAUAAUCUAACAGCAAUAUUUUUGGUUAUUUAGCAUCUCAUAAGAGAAAAAAUUGGGAGUUCACUUUUUUGAAGUCAUAUUUUCACCAUGUUAUUCAUACAUUUAUAAAUGUUAAAGUUUCCAAAUAAACAUUUAGUUAGCAAGCUAAAUAUUUCAUUUGUAGUUAAAUAUUUAUUUUGCAAACUAAAUAUUAAGGUCUGAUCUAAAUAUUUAGUUUGUAAAAUAAAUAUUAAAUUCACUAACUAAAUAUUUAAUUUACUAAUUAAAUUUUUAUUUUGGAACUAAAUAUUUAAUUUGAAAAUUAAAUAUUUAAUUUGAAAAUUAAAUAUUUAUUUUCCAAAAUAAAUAUUUAGAUCCGAGCUAAAUAUUUAUUUUGGAGCUAAACAUUUAGUUUGCAAAAUCAGUAUUUGGGAAAUAAAUAUUUAAGUCUGACCCAAAAAUAUAAAAUAUAGUGUGGAGCUAAAUAACUUCGUGGAAAAUAAAUAUUGAGCUGGUACUUAAAGCAUUUAGCUAAUAUGCAAAUUUGCUUGCCAAUAAGCGAAAGUUGGAUACCAAAAUAAAAGCUGGAUCUCGCUAACUUCUUUAUAGACUCUUGCUCCGAACCAGAACUAGUUUUAUCCCCGGUUCUAUUCUUCUGAACAUGUCCGACAUGUUGGCUGAAGAAUAGAACCGGAGAUAAAACAAGUUCAAAUACUUAAACAAAAAUUAUUUAGUGUGUUUUUAAAGUACUGCUAUGCAAACAAUGGUUUUAAAUGUACUUUAUUAUUCACAGGAAUUUUUAAAUUAGCAUCUUAGUGAAUCUAUAAUUAAACGGGUAAACUAGUAGUAGCACAUUCAAUGUCAAAGAGAGUAAAAAGUUAUUAUCAGGAGAGGGAGAAUGUUUAAGUGGUUAGCAGCAGUGUGCUAGCCUAUGGCCCCCUCCAUGAGGCCACCACAGCUCAGCAGAACAUCAUUGGAGCAGCUCAAACGUUUAACUCGUGACACCGUUAGCAUGGAGCUGCUCAAACGUUUAACAUGUGACACUGUUAGCAUGGAGCUGCUCAAACGUUUAACAUGUGACACUGUUAGCAUGGAGCUGCUCAAACGUUUUAACUCAUGACACCGUUAGCAUGGAGCUGCUCAAACGUUUAAUUCAUCACACCGUUAGCAUGGAGCUGCUAAAACGUUUAACUCGUGACACCGUUAGCACGGAGCUGCUCAAAUGUUUCACUCGUGACACCGUUAGCAUGGAGCUGCUCAAAUGUUUAACUCGUGACACUGUUAGCAUGGAGCUGCUCAAAUGUUUAACUUGUGACACCGUUAGCAUGGAGCUGCUCAAAUGUUUAACUCGUGACACUGUUAGCAUGGAGCUACUAAAAUGUUUAAUUCGUGACACCGUUAGCACGAAGCUACAAUCUGCUGAACAACAUUUUUCUUUAGACUGACCACAAAAGAUGUCUCUUAAAAUCCAGACAUUAGCUGGUUGUAUGCAUCCAGAACUUCAAAAUUUCAUCUGAAGGAUAAAUAUACACCUUGUUCUUUGAUUUGGAUCUAAUCCAUCAAACUGUAAUUUCCAUAAUUGGCUCAAUAGGCACAUGCUACUUGUGUUUUCGUACUUCCUGUAACCUUCCUGAAAGGACUCUAUAGUGCAUGCUAAUACGUUAACAGUGGGUUAGCUAGCUGAGCUAAUUAGCUAAGUUCUUUAGUGUGCAGAUUCAGAUUAGAUUGAAUUUUAUUAGGUUAAGAUAAAAGAUUAAACUGCUUUGAUGAGGUAAACAUCACGCAUGCUGGUCAAAUAAGAAAAGUUCACCAAAAUAAAAUAAAAAAUCUUUUUUUUUUGCAAUAAAAUGCUACGUAUUUUACAGCUAUUAUUUAAUUAGCAUUUCAAUAAGAAAUUCAUGUCGCUAUUUGAAAAUGAUUUAUCCAUUUUUAUGUUCGUGGUUUAUGCUAAGGGGUUUUUCUGUUAGCAUAGUAGCAUAAAAACGUUGCCAUCUCCAGAGAAUAUUUAUUUUAAAAAGUGUUCAUUGGCUUUUCUUUACGUGGAGUUGAUGCUAAUGAUCUCAGUGCCAAAUCAUGUCUGGUGUUUCGCCGAGGUGCCAAACAUCGCAGCUUUUCCUCCGAACAUAUCAGUUCCUCUUAUGCAAAAAUAUCUGUAGUAACUUUUCAUUCUACUACUGUUGCAGUUUGAUUUGGUUUUUAUCAUUCAGUGAUUAAAAAUGAAGUGUUUGCAUGUUUGUAAACACAAUAUGCAUCACAUCAGGUGGGUGGGAAAACCUGACCCAAGUGUAAACGAGAUGUUUUCAGUGAACUGAUGUUAAAACCUGUGAUUUUAAAUGUUUCUGACUGAGAUGAUGACUAAAUCACUGUUUUUACUCAUUUUCUUUGUAAAACUCAAAACCUUCAUGUUGGAAUUAUGUUUUUUUUUCUCUCAUCUUUACUGUUUUAUCACUCUGUUUUUAUGGAUUUCAGCAGAAUGAGAGGACUGUGCCAACAGCUUUCUACAAUAAAACUGAUGCCACCUCC